AUGUGUGAGCAGGCAGCGCGCUACUGCAGGGAGAGCGUCCACAAGAUCCUCCACAAACAGCAGCCGCAGAUCAGGGGGCUGGACGGGCUGCUCCGCUGGAUAGUCACCAAGAUGAGCGACAAGAGCAUCCUCUCGGACAGGGAGCUCCUGCAGGAGGGGCAGGCGGCCGCCGGCCAGGAAUUCUUCCCCCCGGGGCAGCGGAAAGGCACCUCCGUGAUCCUGGAUAUUUUCAGACGCGCUGACAAAAAUGAUGAUGGGAAGUUGUCCUUGGAGGAGUUCCAGGCUUUUUUUUCAGAUGGGACUCUUAAUGAAGAAGAACUUGAACAGCUCUUUCAUACUAUUGACUCAGACAACACCAGCAAUGUGGAUACAAAGGAGCUGUGUGAUUAUUUUGCUGAUCAUAUGGGAGACUAUGAAGAUGUUUUGGCUUCCCUGGAGACCCUUAACCUCUCCAUUCUGAAAGCCAUGGACUACACCAAGCGGGUGUACGAAAGAGGGACCAACGUGGACCAGUUUGUGACCCGUUUCCUAUUGAAGGAGACUGCCAACCAGAUCCAGUCUCUGCUGAGCUCUGUGGAGAGUGCUGUUGAUGCCAUUGAUGAGCAAACCAAUCAGAUCAGACACUACCACAGUAAAUCUGGCCAUGGUGUAAUGGAUACCUGGUAUGACAACCCUGUGCCUAGUUAUUCCCCCAAUAACAGAAUCAUGGCCAAGGAGCACAGGAAAAGCUUCCAGACUGGUUCCUCAGAAACCAAGGAAGAAGGGCUGGAAGCUCAGAUUAACAGAUUAGCUGAGCUGAUUGGAAGAUUGGAAAAUAAGACUCUCUGGUUUGACCUGCACCAGAGACUGUCAGACAGCGAAAGCACAGCUUGCACAUAUCUCUUUUUGGUACGGAAUGAGAUGACGGUUUCCCAGAAGCACCUGGGGGAAUUCUGUAGCUCCCUUAAGCAGUACCUGAAGAAUGUGGCAGGACAGAGAGACUGUUUCCAUGUAACUGCAGUGAGGCUCCCGGACGGAGUCACUUUCAUCGUCUAUGAGUUCUGGGAGUCUGAGGAGGACUGGAAGAGCCACCUGCAGAGUGCUCCCUGUAAAGGGUUCCAGCAUGUUAAAGUGGACACACUGACUCAGCCUGAAGCAGUUUCCAGUGUAUCUGUGCCAGCUGCCUGGUGCACUCUGAACCGAGAUUGA